GGAAGCGCUCUCGGGCCGGUUCACGAUCCGCGUGUGGGUUGACUAGGGCCUACCGCGCGCCCGCGCUCGCUCCCAGCUCCGGUGUCGCGCUGUGCGGCCGCGCGCUUUGUCGGCGGCCAUGUGUUCGCUGGCGGCGGGGAACGGCCAAGGCGCCGAGCUGGGGCCGGAGCCCCUGGAGCUGUCGGACAGCGGAGACGACGCGGGCUGGGAGGAGGAGGACGCGGACGCUGAGCCCGCGCACGGCCGGCAGCACACACCCUGCCUGUUCUGUGACAGGUUGUUCGCCUCUGCUGAGGAAACGUUUUCACACUGUAAGUUGGAGCACCAAUUUAAUAUUGAUAGUAUGGUCCAUAAACAUGGACUUGAAUUUUAUGGAUACAUUAAACUAAUAAAUUUUAUUAGACUUAAGAAUCCUACUGUUGAAUAUAUGAAUUCCAUUUAUAACCCUGUGCCUUGGGAAAAAGAUGAGUACCUGAAGCCAGUGUUGGAAGAUGAUCUUUUGCUUCAGUUUGAUGUAGAAGAUCUUUAUGAGCCAGUGUCUACUCCCUUCUCAUACCCCAAUGGACUCAGCGAAAAUACAUCUGUUGUUGAAAAAUUGAAGCAUAUGGAGGCACGGGCGCUAUCUGCUGAGGCUGCAUUGGCUCGGGCACGUGAGGAUCUGCAGAAAAUGAAACAAUUUGCUCAGGACUUUGUGAUGAACGUAGAUGUCAGAACCUGCUCCUCCACGACUACCAUUGCAGACCUGCAGGAGGAUGAGGAUGGUGUCUACUUCAGCUCCUAUGGGCAUUAUGGGAUACAUGAAGAAAUGCUAAAGGACAAAGUACGCACAGAAAGCUACAGAGAUUUCAUAUACCAAAAUCCACACAUCUUCAAAGAUAAGGUCGUUCUGGAUGUCGGCUGUGGAACUGGAAUUCUCUCCAUGUUUGCUGCCAAAGCUGGGGCAAAGAAAGUGAUUGCAGUCGACCAGUCUGAAAUCCUCUACCAGGCUAUGGAUAUCAUAAGACUAAAUAAACUUGAAGAUACCAUUGUACUAAUUAAAGGAAAGAUUGAGGAAGUGAGUCUUCCCGUGGAAAAGGUGGAUGUUAUUAUAUCAGAGUGGAUGGGCUAUUUUCUUCUUUUUGAGUCGAUGCUGGAUUCUGUCCUUUAUGCAAAGAGUAAAUACUUGGCAAAAGGAGGAUCAGUCUACCCUGACAUUUGUACCAUCAGCCUUGUGGCUGUAAGUGAUGUGAACAAGCACGCGGAUAGAAUUGCUUUCUGGGAUGAUGUCUAUGGUUUCAACAUGUCCUGCAUGAAGAAAGCAGUUAUACCAGAAGCCGUUGUGGAAGUUGUAGAUCACAAGACUCUUAUUUCAGACCCUUGUAAUAUCAAGCAUAUAGACUGCCACACCACAUCUAUCUCAGACUUGGAGUUUUCUUCAGAUUUUAUCCUGAGAACCACAAAGACAGCCAUGUGCACGGCAGUUGCUGGGUACUUUGAUAUAUUUUUUGAGAAGAAUUGCCACAACAGGGUCGUGUUCUCUACUGGCCCCCAGAGCACCAAAACACACUGGAAACAGACAGUAUUUCUGCUGGAAAAGCCCUUUUCAGUUAAAGCAGGUGAAGCCUUGAAAGGAAAGAUCACAGUUCACAAGAACAAGAAGGAUCCUCGUUCCCUCAUUGUGACCCUGACUUUGAACAGUUCAACCCAGACUUACAGUCUCCAGUGACAGUCAUGGUCUCCAGCUGCCACAAAGUCUGAAGCACACCCAACUGUCUGUCUUUGAAGUGGGAUAGGACAGUCAUUGGGAGGGGCAGGCUCCAUGGGGCUGUAGCACAGCUGGUCCUGGCCCUGCAGCUAUUGGGUAGUAAGCCUAGAUAAACCAGAGAGCUCAGUAGAGGAUCCUGCCCUCCUCCCUCCUACUGCUGCUGCUCCUAGAGAUCCUACUCACUGAAGCCUGCUUGACUAGAUUAGCUAUGAGACUUCUCCUGCUAGACUGAAAGUCAUUUCAGUUGGCCUACUUUUGGAACAGUAAUAGUCCUGUUUUAUGUUUCUUACUAUAAAUUUUGUUUUUAAUAAUGAACAACAAAAAGCAGUGUUUUACUGUAGAUGUUCUUUCUCGGGGAACAAUUUUUAGUUACACUCUUUGCUGAAAUAUCAGGAUAUCUCAAGACUAGAAAGCCAGUGGACAGAACAAACACAUCCUGUUGGCAGAGGCUGUGCUACAGUCCUCCCCACUCACCUGCAGCUCUCAGCUGUACCUCCUCAGUAUUCUCCAGCCAUAACCUAGCACUGUGGGGAAGUCUAACUUCAGGACAUAGCCUAGGUGUGACAGACUGCUCUCCAGGAUGGGGUAGAUGUAUGCCUCUCUAAAAUGCUGCCUUUUCAGACCAGGUGUGCGCCACAGUAAUGUAUCCAUCUGCUAAUUCUAUAAAGUCAUGUUAUUCGGGUUGAAAGAAUGAAAAAUAUCCAAUAAAAUGUGUAACUAUUGAAAUAUUGAAAGCAUCUUCAUCGUAGAGUGUUUUCGUGUAGUUGUAGCAUUUAACAAGUCAAGGGAGGGGUGGAUUUCAAGAAAAUUGUGGCUUCAGCAGACCAGCCAGUCAUGUUUUUUGCCUAAACUAGACAUCAGUAGGAGAUUAGGCUAGCUCUGAAGGAGGUCAGUGCCCUUUCAGUUGCAAAUCUCAAUGUGGGCUUAGUCUCUUUUCUACCCCUUCAUGGAGAUGCUGGUUUAUGUUAAUACAGUUCAGGUGUUCAGGUCAGUGCCUCAAUUACAUGGAUGGAGGUAACAGAGUUGACUCCUACCCAACACAAGAGAGCAAUGAAGAUUACAACAGAAAAGGACUGUACUUUCAGUGGAGGGGAGAUAACCCAUCAGAUUUUGUAUUUUGUUUUGCAGUAUUAGAAUCUAACCCUGGGCCUCACACAUAAUAGGGAAAUGUCACUGAGCUAUGCCCCAGCCUCCAUUCCUUUUUUUUUCUUUCAGUGAACAAACAUUCUCUACCAUUUAAAAAAGUAUUUCUCAAAAAUUAUCCCUCUUCCCAAGCAUGGUGGCGCACACCUUUAAUCCCAGUACGCAGGAAGCAGAGGCAGGUAGAUCUCAGUGAUUUGAGGCCAGCCUGUUUGUUACAUAGUGAGGCAUUGGCUUUAGGCUGGGAUUUUCAUGGCAGAAGAUAGGGAAGGGGAGAGGGAUUUUAUUAGGGGCAGAAUUAAGGAGUUUACUAUUUUCCUUGGACAAGCUUGUUUUGAAACUGGGAUUUAUUGUCUCUUUUUGCAACCACUGGGUUGGGUGUCUGGUAUUGGCCAGCCACUUUUCUUCAAUUUGGUUCUUGGAGCUUUGAGCUCAGUUUAGGCCCCUGGCUUUGGGGUGGUAGGAUGUUCUUUUUGGUGGUGGUGAUUUGGGGUUUUGGCUUGUUUGUAUUUGUUUUUGAGUCAUGUAGCCAAAGCCUACUUUCAACUUGCCCUGUAGCCAAGGAUGACAUUAAACUUCUGAUCCUCUUGCAUUCACUUUCCAAGUAACCUGUUUUCUUAUCACUUUCUUGGACUUAACCUAUGUGCCCCACUUGUACCUGUCCAUUUGGGUGGAGGAACCAGGAUCUCAAGUGCAUUUUGUGUGUAAGAUCAGUCGCAGGGCUCUGCGGCCCUUCUUUCUGCUGGAGGAACUGCUUAGAGCCUUUAGCCAGAGAAAUGACAUGUCAGUCAUCCAGCACUGUCAUGGAGCCCAGCCUAAGUCAUUUGAGAAGACUGAAACUAGCUCACAGAUUUCAUCUGUACUUGCUGUCUUCUUGUAGUGUCCAGUUUGUGGUGAGAAGCAUGGUCAAGGAUUGCCCAGUGCAUACUCAGUGCAGCCUGUUUUGGUUCACUGUCCCUUUGGUUGCUAAAUUCUUCAUUUGAAUUGCCUACAGUUGCUCUUGCAUCCCCUUGUCUGAGUUUGGUAAUUGCUCAUGGAGCUAAUGGUACUUCCCAGCCCACAUCUACAGAAGGCUCCCAGCUCCUUGUCUGCUUUGAAUUUUGUGUGGGCUUCCAUAUUUAUGAGAAUAACAGGUUAACUCCAUGAUAGUAUUCAGGGACCAUGUUUUCUUAGUUGAGACUGAGGUAAAAUCUAGGUGAAGUAAAUUGAGGUAAGGUUUAUAAUCUGUGUAGAAAAGCUACUUGGGAAAGGAAUAAAUGUAUUUUUAGUGGCAGCCAUGAGAGAACAGCUCCCUCCUAGGACUCAUGACUGGUCAUGGCAGAGGAGGCAGGCACAGCAGGACAGAGGUUACAAGGACUUUGCUUUUUAAAAUUGAAAACAUUGAGAGAAUGAAGCAACUGGAGGUCCAUCUGUGCAGAUGGAGGGUUGACUAGAAGGUAAUUUUUAAAUUUGUCUACUUUAACCAUGGCUAAAUAUUUAUUGCCCUGCUUAAAAGAAUUUAGGAAACUACAACUUUGUAGCUGAUUAUCUUAGUUUAGAAAGUUCCAAGAAAAUCAGCAGGCACCCUGGUAGACAAGAGUCAAGCCUGGUAACACACACCUGUGAUCAUAGUGAUCGAAACUGAGGCAGGAAGAUUGCAAGUUUAAGGCCAGCCUGGGUCAUGUAAUGGUAUAGCUUGACAUAGUCCCAAGACUGCUGUUGAUCUUUGGUACUAGCUAGCAGUGCUAUUUUGCAAAACUCUAGAAACUUCAGGUAGGACUGGAUCUGGAAGUAGGUAUCUGAAACCAAGGCCUUGCAAAGAUCUUGUCCGGGGCCCCUUCCUUGGGAGCAGGUCCUUGCAGAGACUCCCGAAAGCACAUGGGACCUAAAGAUUAUCUGUGGAACCUUUGAAAACAUGAACCAAAAAACAUUUCUCAGGUCAGUCUUGGUGGUACAUGCCUUUAGUUGCAGCAGGCAGAUCUCUAUGAAUUGCAAGCCAGCCUACUCACCAUAGCAGCAAGUUCAAGGCCAGUCAGGGCUACAGAGAGAGGAAAACAACAUCAAACAUAACUCUGCCCUCCUUUUGAUCAGACUAAUGAGAAAAGUGAUGGCAGGUAGCAAAGCCAUCUCAACAAACCUAACAAAUGUGUCCACAGAAGUAUCCCAAGCUGAGGUUGUCGCAGUUCUGUCAUGAGCUACAAAGUGGCUCAGCCAGUGAGUGACUUCAGAGCCUUAAGGAGUCUUUGGAAUCUCUCUGACUUCCAGAGCUCAGGGAACUUAUUGCAGCAGUGUUGCCAUUUGGGGGCAACUUAUUCUGCUGUUUGCUGAUGCCUCAGACAUUGAGGCAGGAUAUUUAGUGUGUCCUUGCCCACCCGUCAGCCCCACCCUUCUUGGCUUGAAAGCUUGUCUGGUUUUUAACCUUGUCAUGAUUUUGAGUGUCUCCUUGCUUAAAGUGAAACUCUCCAAGUAGAAUGAUAAAUAAGUGGUUUCAAAAUAUCUUUACAAUUCAUUUGACCUUCCCAAUACAUUUUUCUGAGCUUCUUGGCUGAUAGGAAGCAAUUCAUAUUCCUUGUAGUUUGAAUAAUAAAUAAAAAAUGUUCUGUCGCUGAA